AUGCCGUCCCCGAUAUGUCAUCUGCCAAACGGCCAGACGUACAGCGUGACGCCCGUCUUCGGCGGGGUCACCUUCAAGUCCAACGACAUGAACAUCCACAAUUCGCCCUUUCCCCCCGGCUGGACCGUCGUCAUCCACACUGAGGUGCCUGAGGAGGAUUUAGAGCGCCCCGGUUCAUCGUAUGAUUCCCCCUACGACGACUGCGAUUCCAACAAACUCCCCUCUGCCGCGGGGUCGUCCCCGCCCGACCCGGGGGCUCCAGAGCGCAAGGUCCAUCUUUGUCGCUUCAAGCGACCGACCUUGCGCAAUGAUUGUCUCUUCAUUUCUGCCAUCAGCAACCCCUCCAACAAUGACUUCAAGCCCCCCAGUUCCCAGACCCGCCAGAUCGCCAUGAUGCUGUGGGUCACCCUGUGGUGGUACUUCCACGAGCCCGAGCCCAAUCUGUACCUCUCGAACGAGGCUUGUGCCGCGACUCCGCUGGCGGGCAGGCCCAAGGGAGAGUGGCGAGUGAACAUCAUCCGGGAGGGCAUCUUCAAGGGCCGGAAUCUGAUGCAGAAGCUGGAGCGCAUGGGCCUGAUUGCGAACGAGGAUUCCUCGGUUGGCCUCGACUCGGCUGAGUCGCGAAAUCCCGCUGGAUGGGAGCGCAUGUUUACCAGCCGGCGCAGCUUUUGGCAGCUGGAUCCGCGCAUCUUCAUCUUCACGUUGACCCCGGCCAACGUCUCGCCGGUAGCGAAUCCCCCGUCGCCGUGCGUCUCGCCAUAUAACUCUCGACCUUCCUCUCCCAGUCCAGAUAGUCUCCGCCAUAUUGACGGGGGCGCCGUCUCGCCGAAUGAGUCCGUCUUGCACCUGCACACCUCCAGCGUCCCGGGAGGGCCUUUCACCUCGCUCAGCCAUCUGCCCACGUACUAUCCUCCGCCACCCACGCAGUAUACCUUCACGGACGGCAUUCGUCACCCCAUCCGGCCAAGACCCCCUCACCAGGGCGAGACUUUCUAUUCGCGAUAUAUCCCCAGUGUCGGACAAUAUCUCUCGUUUCGCGUGCCCGUGCUGAAUCCACCCAAAGCAUGGGGCCCGCAUCACUCCCGCUCGCCAUCCUCUGCCGUUUCUCUCGGGGUUCCACGUUCUCAUAGCCCGCCUCCGGGGCCGUCUGACCUGGACCUGCUGCACAAGUGGAUGAACGAUCCACGCGUGAAUGCGGCGUGGGGGGAGGCGGGUCCUCGCUCCAAACAGGAGGCGUUCCUUCGGAAUGGGCUGACGAGUCGGCACAGCUUCCCCGUGUUCGGAUGCUGGGACGGCAAGCCGUUUGGAUACUUUGAGAUCUACUGGGUCAAGGAAGACCGAUUGGGGCGGCUUCUGGGCGGCAACGUCGGCAAUUAUGACCGUGGCCUGCACCUUCUGGUGGGAGAGCAGGAAUUCCGAGGUCCUCACCGGGUGGCGAUCUGGCUCAGCGCGCUGGUCCAUUACUGUUGGCUGGCGGAUAUGAGGACGGAGACGGUGAUGCUAGAACCGCGGGUUGACAAUGAAAAAUUGAUCAAGUAUCUCCAAGAAGCCGGCUUCUACAAAGAAGGCGAAGUCACUUUCCCGCACAAGCAGUCGGCCGUGAUGAAGAUCAAGCGGGAUUAUUGGGAAGCGCCGGUUUUGUAG